CCAUCGCCGGGACCUCCGCCGUCCUGGGGAACUGCCUGCCAUGCGCCGCCCUCGCGCUCUUCUUUUCGUGCAACUCUCGGUUUUGGCCCUAAUUGCGGUUUAUUUUCUGCAUUUCCGCUUCGACACGCUGGGCUCCGUGCGGAGCGAUGCGCCUGGUUCCUUGGCACUUACACCAAACGCCACUCUUCCCCUCCAGAACCUGACGGCCUACACCCGAGCCAUCCUCGAUCCCAGCGAUGCCAGUCUCCCCAAAGUCGAAUGUCCCCGUCCCGACCUGUCGCGAUACGCCCAUCUUCGGGCCAAGUCGCACGCGGGGCCCUCGUCACUUCGCUAUUUCUUCGCCCUUAACCUGCGCAACUGCCUCCCGCUCCUGCCCCAGCUCCUCGGAAGUAUCCUCGAAGUGAUUCGCUUUCUCGGGCCUGAACACUGCGCCCUCUCCAUCGUUGAAGGCAACUCCCCCGAUGGCACGGCCGAAGUCCUCGCUGCGCUCGAGCCCGAGCUCAUCAGACUCGGUAUCCGCACGUACUUUACGCUGAACAACCAGAUCGACCCGCUUGCCGAAGGCAGCGAUCGCUUCUCCUCGCUCGCGACGCUCCGCAACCUCGCGGUAGCGCCGUUGCUCGCCGCCUUCUCCAACCCUCCUACUAUUACCACCACCGCCGCCGCCAACGCCUCCGUGCUCUUCAUCAACGACGUGGCCAUCUGCGCGGACGACCUCCUCGAGCUGGCGCACCAGCGCGCGCGCCAGGGCGCCGACAUGGCGUGCGCGAUGGACUGGACCGGCGCGACCGACGACGACGACGACGACGACGACGCCCAGCCCGGCCCGGCCUUCUACGACGUCUACAUCGCGCGCGCCAUCAACGGCGACCUGUUCUUCGACGUGCCGCCCGCCACGGUCAGCUGGGACCGCGCCGCGGACCUGUUCUGGAACGAGCCGAUCGCGCGGGCCCGCCUGGAGCGCCACGCGCCCUUUCAGGUGUUCGCGUGCUGGAACGGGGCGGUGGCGUUCACCGCGCGGCCGCUGGUCGAGGGCAAGGUGGCGUUCCGCGGGGCCAGGGCGGAUAAGGGGGAGUGUUGGCAAGGGGAGCCGCAGGCUUUCUGUAAGGACCUGUGGCUGAACGGGUAUGGCAAGAUCAUGGUUGUGCCCCAGGUUAACCUGGCGUACUCGAUCGAGGAAGGCAGGACGAUCAAGAAGCUGAAGGGGUUUGCUUCGCGCUGGGCUGCCGAGGAGGACGAGGCGGAACCUAGGAUCGAGUGGUUGCCGCCGCCCGACCAGGUGAAGUGCAUGCCCACUUUUCAGGACCAGACUUGGAGGCCGUGGAAUGAGACGUUUGGAUGAGGGUGGGGUCUUGGGGUGGAGUACGGAGUUUCGGCGCCGAGAGAUCGUCAAUACAAGUACACUGGUGAUUUACACAGUAUGAUGUGUAUGGAUACCCAUGGAUACCCGAUAUUUAGCGUAAACAAGAAUGAACAUACCUACGAC